CCAGCGGCGGGGCGGGGCUGGGCUGCGGGGAGAACGACGGACCGGUGACCGCCGCCGCCUGCUCCGUGUGGCCCCCCCGCGUCACCAUGAUGAUCCACGGCUUCCAGAGCAGCCACCAGGACUUCUCGUUCGGGCCCUGGAAGCUGACGGCGUCCAAGACCCACAUCAUGAAGUCGGCGGACGUGGAGAAGUUAGCUGAUGAGUUGCACAUGCCAUCUCUCCCUGAAAUGAUGUUUGGAGACAACGUUCUAAGGAUCCAGCAUGGCUCUGGCUUUGGGAUUGAGUUCAAUGCUACAGAUGCCCUAAGAUGUGUAAACAACUACCAAGGAAUGCUUAAAGUAGCUUGUGCUGAAGAGUGGCAGGAAAGCAGGGCGGAAGGUGAACACUCCAAAGAAGUUAUUAAACCGUAUGAUUGGACCUAUACAACAGACUAUAAAGGAACUUUGCUUGGAGAAUCUCUUAAGUUAAAGGUUGUACCUACAACAGAUCAUAUAGAUACAGAAAAAUUAAAAGCCAGAGAACAAAUUAAAUUUUUUGAAGAAGUUCUCCUGUUUGAAGAUGAACUGCAUGAUCAUGGAGUUUCAAGCUUGAGUGUGAAAAUUAGAGUAAUGCCUUCUAGCUUUUUUCUGCUGUUGCGGUUUUUCUUGAGAAUUGAUGGGGUCCUCAUCAGAAUGAAUGACACAAGGCUUUACCAUGAGGCUGACAAGACCUACAUGCUACGAGAAUAUACAUCACGAGAAAGCAAAAUUGCUAACUUAAUGCAUGUUCCACCUUCCCUCUUCACGGAACCCAAUGAAAUAUCACAGUAUUUACCAAUCAAGGAAGCAGUCUGUGAGAAGCUAAUAUUUCCAGAGAGACUGGAUUCCAAACCUGGAGAUUCACAAGAAAGUAAAGCUGUGGAAUAGAAUGUGAUAUGACAUGUUCUCACCCUGGACACUCUCUCUGUAGGGGAUGUUUUAUUAUGAGACUUAAUUCCUUGCUUGUGUACAGAUUUUCUUUCACCUUAAAGGAAAGAAAAAAUAAAGGAUCGUGGCAGGCAGGUUCCACUCAACUGCUAUUUGUACUGUGUAUCUUCAAAUUUAUACUCCAGGUUUAUAGGUUCUGGAGGUAAAUUUGGAUUCCUAAAUUGUCAUUCAAUCUGACCUCAGCAGUAGUGAUCUAUGUGUCUACUGAGCAGUGGGUGUAAUCUGCAUUGUUAUGAAACACUGUCUUUUCCUGUGAAGAGAUGAAUUUGUGAAUUAAGUCUCAAUGCCUUGUGACUUUCAUAGGAUUCCUGGCUGUGCAUGUGGAUGUACUGGCUCUGUGCUCUGGGCUUUCUGGUGUUUACUCACACUUCUAAAGAGUUGUGACUUGUAUCAAUAUUGUGUGUAUGUAUACACACACUUGUAUUUUUUAAAAAUUACUGAUUUAAAUGUCUUAGUCCAUGAGUAGUCUUAGAUUACUUAUUUUGAUAAUUCAUUGUUGAAAAUUGUGGAGUUAAAAUAAUUGACUUUUUUUAAUUAAAAAAGUGAAAGUGGGUAGGAUGAGUAUAUUUCUGAAGAUUUCAUUGGUUUAUUUCUGUGAGGAAUACAAAGAAUAUGCUUUGGCCAUUACUAAAUAUGACAUAUACCAUUUUAUAUUUAUUUGUUCUAAAUGUCUUUUGUAAGAAUAAAUAAAUAAUACAGAAUUACAUAUUCA